AUGGUCAUAUGAUCGACACGAAAAAGGGCGAGUCCGAUUUCAACUUUGACGUAUCGGUAUUUCAAUUGGAGUAAUUGUAAUAAACGAUCCUCCAAAAUGAAGGGUUGUAUGUUUAACAUCGACGGAGGGUAUUUGGAGGGCCUUUGCCGAGGCUUUAAAUGUGGAAUUCUUCAACAAAGUGACUAUCUUAAUCUUGUACAAUGUGAAACUCUUGAAGAUUUAAAACUACAUUUGGCUGGUACAGAUUAUGGCAGUUUUUUAGCUAAUGAGCCAUCACCACUUUCUGUUAGUGUGAUCGAUGAUAAAUUAAGAGAAAAGCUUGUUGUGGAAUUUCAACAUAUGCGCAACCAUUCUGUAGAACCUUUGUCGCAAUUUUUAGAUUUCAUUACUUAUAGUUAUAUGAUCGAUAAUAUUAUUUUACUAAUUACUGGAACAUUGCAUCAAAGACCAAUUUCAGAGUUGAUCCCUAAAUGUCACCCUCUAGGCAGUUUCGAACAAAUGGAAGCUAUUCAUGUAGCAGCUACACCUGCUGAACUUUAUAACGCAGUUUUGGUAGACACCCCUUUAGCACCCUUUUUUGUGGAUUGCAUCUCUGAACAAGAUUUGGAUGAAAUGAACAUAGAAAUAAUCAGAAAUACAUUAUACAAAGCUUAUUUGGAAGCAUUUUAUAAAUUUUGUAAAGAAAUUGGUGGGACAACUGCAGAUACUAUGUGUGAAAUACUUGCGUUUGAAGCUGAUAGGCGAGCAAUUAUUAUAACCAUAAAUUCAUUUGGAACUGAAUUGGGUAAAGAUGAUAGAGCAAAAUUGUAUCCACGUUGUGGAAAAUUAAAUCCAGAUGGAUUAGCCGCACUAGCAAGGGCUGAUGAUUAUGAACAGGUCAAAGCUGUAGCAGAAUACUUUGUUGAAUACAGUGCUUUAUUUGAAGGUGCAGGUAACAAUCCUGGUGAUAAAACUUUAGAAGAUAAAUUCUUUGAGCAUGAGGUUCGCUUAAAUGUUCAUGCUUUCCUUCAACAAUUUCACUUUGGAGUAUUCUACAGUUAUCUUAAAUUAAAGGAACAAGAAUGCCGUAAUAUUGUAUGGAUAGCGGAAUGUGUUGCACAAAAGCAUCGUGCUAAAAUAGAUAAUUACAUUCCAAUUUUUUAAUAAAUUUCUUGAUGUUUUGUUGAUCAUUUAUAUUUAACUAUACAACAAUAUCAUACGGCAAAAGUAAAUUUUCCUUCUUAUUUUUAUUUCUUAACCACGAAUAACUAAUAAUUCUACAGUAUUUCAUAUUAUGGAGAAAAAGCAAAUGUAAAUUGAAAAAAAAUAUAAUUAUUUCAUUAACAACUGAGAUAAACAAAUAUAACUAUGUCUCUAGCCAAAUUGAACAGAUGAUAUUGAAAAUUAUUAUACAUAAAAUUAUUAUUUAGUAAGAGUUCAUAUUAUAUAGGUGUAUAUAGUGUAUUUUAUUGUAGCAGUAUAUAUUAUGUUUGAUAUUUUCUGAUGUUGUAAUUACUGAUUCUAUUGUAAUAUAAAAUAAUAUAUAAUGCAUUCCACAUAAGUUUAAAACAUUCAAUUCAAAUAAUAAGAUCUUAUAAACUGAA